AUGGCGCCGCCGGCCGAGAUCUCGAUCCCGACGACGUCGAUAUUCAGCCCGCCCGACGGCAGCAAGGCCUACACACUGUACAACAUCACACUGCGGCUGCCGCUGCGGUCGUUCGUCGUGCAGAAGCGGUACUCUGACUUCGCGGGGCUGCACGCGGCACUGGUGUCGCUCGUGGGGGCGCCGCCGCCGGAGCCGCUUCCGGCUAAGUCGUGGCUCCGGUCGACAGUAUCGUCGCCCGAGCUGACCGAGGACCGGCGCGCGGGGCUGGAGCGGUACCUGCGGGCCGUGGCCGAGCCGCCGGACCGGCGGUGGCGAGACACGCCGGCGUGGCGCGCCUUCCUCAACCUGCCCAGCAGCUCGGGCACCAGCGCGUCGGCGUCGGGGAUCAGCAUGGACAGCGGGGCGUUCCGCGUCGACGGCGCGCGGCUGCCGGCCAUCGGGCUGCGCGACGCCAACGCCGCCGCUGCCAGCGACCCGGGCACGUGGCUGGACCUGCACCGCGAGCUCAAGGGCAGCCUGCACGAGGCGCUGGUGGCGCUGGGGCGCCGCGACAACGCCGCCGAGAACAGCGCGCGCGUCGAGGCUGGCGCCGCUGCCAAGCGCGCUCUGGUUACUGCCGGCAGCCUGCUGGGCACGCUGCAGGACGGCCUGCGCGUGCUCAAGGACGGCGGCCGCCUCGGCGACGGCGAGCUGCGCCGCCGCCGCGACCUGCUGGAGGCGGCGCGCGUCGAGCGCGACGGCCUGGACCGCCUGAGCUCGAGCAUGGCGCCGUCGCCCGGGAGCAGCGCGGCGGGGGCGGGCAUGGCGAGCGCGGGCGAGCGCGCGGCGCUGCUGUCGCCAUCAUCUGGAGACGGACAUCAACAACAAUUCGGCGGAUGGGGAGGAGGGGGCGCGGGCGUCAACGCGGUGGCGGUGGCGAGGGCGGGCGGGCGCGUGCUAGGGGCGCCGCUGCCCGAGACGGAGCGCACGCGCGAGCUCGACAACGCGGGCGUGCUGCAGCUGCAGCGCGAGCAGAUGCGCGAGCAGGACCAGGACGUCGAGGUGCUGGCCGGGCUCGUCCGCCGCCAGCGCGAGAUGGGCCUCGCCAUCUACGACGAGGUCAACCGCCACAUCGACAUGCUCGACCGCACCAACGAGGACGCUGACGUCCUCGGCCGUAAGCUCGGCGUCGCCAAGGAUCGCGUCAAGCGCCUCUGA